GCUCUGCCAUAGGCGGCGCAGGAGGACGGGGCGCGGCGGGGGACACGGCGGCCGCCGCGGGGCUCCAUCGAGCAACGGCGGCGGCGGCGGCGGCGGCGGCGGCCGCAGCGGCAGUGGCAGCGGCUACGGGUCCUCCUCCUUCCUCCUUCACCCUCCUGCUCCUCUUCUUCCUCUUGCUUUCCUUUCCGGCCGAGUCUCGUUGACUUCCCCUAGUGGCGACUUGGAUCUUACGCAGCGGCAUGAUUUCCCGGCACCACAGGGAAAACAGGGUGCAAGCCCAGAAACUAUCUCCCCACCACCACUUGUUGAAAAACUGAUUUUUUUCAAGGCCUGUCCGGGGUUUGACCACACGGAAAGUUGGCCGGGAUUUGCAGGCAGGAGUCUCCUCGCUUUUAAGGAUCAAGACGAAAAAAUUAAAAUAAUAAUAAUAAAUAAAGCUGGAAACGAAUCCGAACCUUAAUCAAGGUCACAAUGGAGCGAUUUGUAGUGACAGCGCCACCUGCUCGCAACCGGUCUAAGACUGCUUUGUAUGUGACUCCCCUGGACCGAGUCACUGAAUUUGGAGGUGAGUUGCAUGAAGAUGGAGGAAAACUCUUCUGCACUUCUUGCAACGUGGUUCUGAAUCAUGUUCGCAAGUCUGCCAUCAGUGACCACCUCAAGUCAAAGACUCAUACCAAGAGGAAGGCAGAAUUUGAAGAGCAGAAUGUGAGAAAGAAGCAGAGGCCCCUAACUGCAUCCCUGCAGUGCAACAGUACUGCACAAACAGAGAAAGUCAGUGUUAUCCAGGACUUUGUGAAAAUGUGUCUGGAAGCCAACAUCCCACUUGAGAAGGCUGACCAUCCAGCUGUCCGCGCUUUCCUGUCUCGACACGUGAAGAACGGAGGCUCCAUACCCAAGUCAGACCAGCUGAGGAGAGCGUAUCUGCCUGAUGGGUAUGAAAAUGAGAAUCAGCUCCUCAACUCACAAGAUUGUUGACAAGGAGGUCACCACCAUUGUGAUCAAGUUAAAUGAUGUGGAGUAUUAAAGUUGUGUUGAUUGUGUGGUUCAUUUUUAUAUUUAUUACAUUUAAAAUCAUGUAUGCGGAUUUUGCUAUGUGUAUAUAUAGUUGCAGGCAAAAACAACGGAACCAAACCUCACUGCAAAACUUGUUCAUUUUAGUCACCAAUGGUGUAAUGCAAAGUUUAGGGGUUAGAGUGUUGUAGGAUACCAGAAACAUGAUGGUUAUCUUUAAAAUGGUUGGGUUAUUUCCUGAAAUGUUUGCGCAUGGAAGAAUGGCCUGGGUCUUUAUUUCCUCCCAUCCCGCCCCCAUUUUAAACACCUGUUGCCAUGUAUGAUUAUUCUUUGUGAGAUUACUUACUUGGUUUAAAGACUUAACUUUGGAAAUUGAAGCUGCUACCAGGCAAUACCACUCACAAUAACUUAAAGGAAUUAUUUCUGGUUAGAGGAUCCUCUUCAAAAAGGAAGAGAUGGUGGAAAAGUAUUUUAUCUUUCAAUCCUUAGCAGAAAAUGACUGUUUAUUUCAAACUCUGAUCUACUUAUGUACGACAUGCUUACUUUAACCUUCAGAUCUUUACUUUUCCCGCUUUCCCUUUUUUAAAAGCUUACUGAAUUGUAUUUACUAUUAGCUUUAAGUGACCAAAAGACUAAAAUAUUUCUUUUAAUGUCAGUGCCAAAGCCUUGGGGGAUUUUGCAGUGACAUGAUUUUAGUCUCUUAACUAUAAGCCCAAAGUUUUGAACACUGGCUUUCACUUCCAAGCUGCUUCUUGAAUUUGCAAGCUUUUUCAUUUUUCUUUUUAUACAAUGUCUUACUGUAUUAAGACUUAAAGAUGGCAUUUUAAACAGGUAGACAUUUUAAGAUUGAGUUUUCUGUGUUUACAGAAAAUUCAUAAUACAUGUUGACUCAGAUCAGAUAAUAAGGAGAUUCCUCCUCCAUUACUAUAUGAUUUUAUUAAAUAUAAGUAAGAAGCAAGUUCACUUUUACUUUUAUGUGCUUUGCGUCUGGUGGUACAUGGUUUUUAAUGGUAGCUAGUAAAAAAUUGUCUAGAAUUACUGGCAAGAUUUUUUGUAGUGGAGAUCUAGCAGUAUCCUGCAUAACUGAGUAAAGAGAUAGUUCUCAUAAAGGUCAACCAUGUUCAGGAAAUUAUCUUUCUGAACUUUAUAAAUCAAUAGCCCUGUUAUAUCCUCUUACAUCGGAGACUCAAAAAAAAUUUUUUUUUCUUAAUUAAGCAACUGAAAACAAACUAGAGCUUUAAAAAAAAAGUCAAAUUUCUUUGAAAAUAUCUAAAUUAAAAAAAAAAGUUUACAAAACAUUUCUAUCACCAGGCAUUGACAGAAAUGUCCUGACUUGUUUUCAUUAAAAAAAAAAAAAAAUUAUAAGCCAAAGUAUAAUAGAAAAAAGUUAAAUUUUUAUGUCUUAAGUUUCAUUUGCUAACUUAAAUUCCUAGGUCCUAUUGUCAAAGUGCCCAUCUGGUUUCAGAUUUUAUAUAUAGGUGUUUAGUUUUAAACCAAACACCAAAAAAGUCACUUGUUAAAAUUUGAACUUACUGUUUGUCUCAUGCUCAGUUAUAUUAGCAUAGCACAAUAAAUAGGUUUAGUGCUAUGCAUGAAUGAAGCACAUGAGCAAAGCAGCAUAACCAAAAUAUUCUUUGCUUUUAUCUCACCUAGUAGACAAUAUGCAAACGCCCAUGUUUAACUUGAAUGAUGUAAGAAAGUAGAUGUAAGGAGCUAGAAAAAUAAUCGAAUGCUUUUAUAAUGCUACUUUCAGAAUGCAAAAAGGUGGUAUAAGCUUUUUUCAGAAUUCCAUGUAAUUAUUCGGAAUGCUCCCUUUUGUUUGGAUAUUAAUUUGCACUAACAGCAACAAAAGUGGGAGAAUACCCUUGAGUAAUCCUACGAAGUAAAUUACACAAAAACACCUAUAACUCACAUGUAAGUAUUACCGAGUGGAUAGUCACUUAGGAUCCAUUAUCCGGGCAUACUUCUCCUGGCUCCUCCUUUUCAUAUACACUAUUUUUCGGGAUAUACUCAAAUCUGUUAGGAUUGUAGGAUUUCCUUAGAAGUGUUUUCAUCCUGUUAAGAGAAUGAAGGUUUCUUCACUGAUUAUGAGUCUUUGCUUCCAGAAACUGGUUAACUUAGUUUCAGUUAGAUAAAUGAGGUAGAAUAAUUGUUUUUAGCCUGCUAAAACUGGUACAAAUCCGUGAAACCAUGGUUGGCACAUGUUAGAUAAGAAAUGGAAACGUCUAAGAGGCAUACGCGGCUGUGGAAGUGUAGUGGACGUGUACAGAAGCUUUCAAUCUCAGUCUACAUAGUGUUAGUGUGAUGCUAUACUGUUGAAACAACAGCAUUUUUUUUCUACUUCCUAAGUUGUGUAGACAUAAGAUUUGUAAUAUUUCAUUUAUAAACUGCCUUUUAAACACCUGCAUACCUGUUAAUAGUGUUUUCUUGAAGUAUAGUAGUAAGUCUUCCAGAAUUUCACUAAAUGUUUAGGGUAAAUAGAUCCUAGCUUGUUGAAAUGUUAAAUUCCUUGUUGUUUUUUGUUGUUGUUGGUUUUUGUUUGUCUUUUGUUUUGUUUUUGAUCCUAUGGGGCAAAUAGCAAAGCCAGAAGGAGAUUGUAAUAAUUUCUUACAGGGUGAAAUUUUAGAAAGAUUGUGUAUGAGAGCAUAUAUAGUUAUUAUCAUCUUUUUAAGACUUUUUUUUUUUUUAAUGCUACUUCGAGUUGGCACAUUUAGCCAUAUUGAAUUUUCUGGGACCAGAAAACUAAAGUGUAAGAAAAAAAUAUAUCUUGUGAUUAUAACCAAUUAAGUAUCAACUUGAUACUGUUCUGUAGUAUUAAUUGCUUAAAAACUUGUAAUAACUGGCAAGCUCUCCCAGCAGAAAGUUCUGUGUUAAAAUUUGCCUAAAAGUUUUUGUAUCUGAAUGUUAAUGGAAAACACAUAUAAAUGAAAUAAAGUUUAAGAUGGCCUAAAACAAAGGUCACAGACAAUUCAUUUUGGCGUUUAGUUUUUGUAAGUGCUCUCUGGUUUGAUUUACCCUGUCAUUAAGCGAAUACAAAUCACCUAAUUGAGUAGAUUUAUUCUUUAAUUUCAUUAAAGGUAGUAACCUAAAAUAAAACGCUUUGUUUAUCUGGUCAGCACUGAUUAAAAUGUGAAUAGUCAGGUGGCUAUCCUAAAUCUUGGUUUAUCUCAAUCCAUACCAUCAUAGCUCUGUAAUAUAAAUAAAAUUUUCUGGUGGUGGUAUUCUUGUAUCCUGAAUACUGUACUCAUUAGAAUUUUGCUAUGUUCAUUUCUGUAUUUCCAUUUUUUUUUCUGCUCAUGCAUGUAUACUUAGUAUUAAGUUUCCCAUUUAAAGUUCUGUCUCUAGGUCUUAGAAAUAAACUUCAAAACAAUUGUUUAAGACAUUA